AUGGCGCAUAUGUUCAUUUUCGCCAUCUGCUCGGCGUUGAUCAUUUCCCGAGUAGAUUUGUGUCGGAUCCCCGAGACUCUCUACGUGCUCGUGCCACAAACUAUUCCGGUUGGAUACCAAGUCACAAAAGUUGAAACAGCUGACUGCGACACUCGGUCGUUGGUGUUGAGUUUGAAGGACCCCAGUUUUACAAUCGAUAGGAAUAGAGCCAUAGUCGCUCUUUCUCCUGUGUCGGUGGUAGGAAGAGGACGGACAUUUUCUGUGUGGGUGCAGGACAAUAGUGGGCAGGGAAGUGAGAUGGAAGUUCACCUUAUGCGCAGAACGGCGCCGGAGACACACAACAGCAAAGGCCUCCUGAAACGCACCAAGAGACGCUGGAGCCCCCCGCCCUUCAACCUGAAGGAGAACAUGAAGGGGCCUUUUCCAAAAGUGAUAGAUUCGGUUGUUUCAGAUUCAUCAGUCACCUAUAAAGUGUUCUACACAAUGAGUGGACCUGGAGUAGACCAGGCUCCAAUUGGCCUUUUUACUCUGGACAGGGAAAGUGGAAUGUUGAGUGUCACUAAUGCCGUCGAUCGUGAACAAUAUCCACUUUUUAAUUUAAAAGUCAGCGUGUUUAAUGCAGAGAAUGGUCAGCCAACAGACUUACCAUUGAACCUUAGAGUACUAGUUGAUGAUGAGAAUGACAAUGCGCCGGAAUUUGCAGGCCCGCUUCAGUUUACUCUGCCCGAGCGCAGCAGCGCAGGAACGGCGGUGGGACAGGUGAAAGCUACGGACAAAGACGCCCCUGAAACCAGCCACGUUAAAAUCAAGUACACACUCUUGAACGGGUUGGAGCGUUUUGCUAUUCAGCCAGAGACAGGCGUCAUCACCACCAUCACCAACACUCUGGACAGAGAGGCACAAGAUAAAUAUAUGGUGACUGUAAUGAUCAAAGAUUUGUUUGGAGCGGUAAAUGGACUGCAAAAUACAGCCACAGCCACAAUUUCCCUGAGCGAUAUCAAUGACAACCCACCAACUUUCACAAAGGCAUUGUAUGAAGCCACCAUUAAAGAAAAUGAAGUUGAUAAGCUUAUUCUUAGAAUUCCAGUGGAAGAUAAAGAUUUGGUAAACACAUCCAAUUGGAGAUCGAAAUUUGUCAUCACAAAGGGAAAUGAAAAUGGACAUUUUAGGAUUGAUACUGAUAACAGUACAAACGAAGGGCUUCUGUAUGUUGUAAAGCCCUUAGAUUAUGAGAACGGUGACAAAGUGAAGCUUGAGAUUCAGGCCCGUAACGAGGCAGAGCUUACUGGCACCACCGCUCAGUGGAUGUCCGUCCCUGUGGAUGUCACUGUCGCUAACGUUGAUGAAGGCCCACAGUUCAGCGCUCCAACAGUCACCUUCAAUGUGGUGGAGCAUGUACCAAAUGGCACACUAAUAGGAACUUACACCGCUACGGAUCCUGAGACCAAAAGCAGCAACGGCAUCAUGUAUUACAAGACUCUAGAUCCUGGUUCUUGGGUCAACGUUGACAGAAAUACGGGAGAGCUGAAAGUUGCAAACACAAUUGACAGAGAGUCCCAUUUUGUCAAGAAUGGAAUGUAUAACAUCACCAUGAGGGCUGUUGACACCAGCUCCAAGAGUGGAACAGGAACAGUCAUUCUUGUGAUCAAGGACCUCAAUGACAACGUGCCAAAGAUCCCUUCUGAGCUGGUGUUGUGUGAGAGCGGUGGAGACGCGCUUGGCUCUGUGGUUUUUGUGGCUGAAGACAAAGACUCAGAUCCAUAUUCUUCCCCGUUCACCUUUAACAUGCCAUCUGACAGUGAUGGCAAAUGGUCGGUGAAAAAACUCAAUGACACAGCUGCAACUUUGAAACAGGAGAAACCACUUCGCAGAGGGAUACACCAAGUCCCCAUAAUCAUCAGAGAUCUCCAGGGCAACGGCGACACACAGACUGCCACAGUUAAAAUCUGCCAGUGCCGGAAUGGAGUUUGCCUGGCCAAUCAAAGCUCUGUGGAAUUAGGGCCAAUGGGAAUACUGGCUUUGCUGCUGCCUUUGGCCCUCCUCCUGCUGCUCUUUCUACUUUUGGCCUUUUUCUGUGUAACAAAGAUGGACAAACUUGAAAUUGACGAUAAGGAAUACAGUGGUGGAAACCUGCUCUUGUCGAACACAGAGGGCCCAGGAGACGAAGUGGAUUCUACUCUCAUCAAAGUUCCCAUUGGCAUUGAGCAAGCAGGAAAGGACUCUGUAAAGGGCUCCCUGGUGAACGUAGGGUGGAUGGGAACCAAGAGCUCCAGCACAAUAGGAGGCCACGGCGUACAUGAUAAUGGAAUUUAUCAGCAGGGCAUUACCACCACUAAAAUACAAGACUACAACUCUGGCCAGUACAAUACUCAGUAUGCUGGAAGUCAGCUCGUCGGUAAUAGCAUGAGCUGCAUUGACAGCAGAUACCUCUCCCAGGAUGGUGGUAGUCUUCGCAUGUGGCAAGCAAAUGGCAAUUAUUUGCACCAGAAGCUGAAGAGUUUCGAGACAGAGGGGGACGACAUCAUGGAAGACGACAUCAUUCACUCCUACGAGUAUGAGGGGAAUGGCUCUGCUGCUGGCUCCGUGGGGUGCUGCAGCGAGUACGGGGACAAUGCAAACCUUGACUUUCUCAACACACUCGAUCCAAAGUUCAAAGCCCUUGCAGCCGUCUGCCGAAAGUCGUGA